UCAGCAGUUUGGCCACAGCCUAAAUGAAGACCUCAUGAUACCAUGAGCUGUUUUGACCCCGUCUGUCUGCCCGUCACUCUACUUCCUGUCUAGUUCUCUACAUGAUCACAAGGAUGAUUUUCACAAGCGCCUGUCCUACACCACCCACAAACUAGAGAUGGUGGAGUCUGAGUUUGACUCCACCCGUCAGUACCUGGAGACGGAACUCCGUCGAGCCCAAGAAGAGUUGGAGAAAUUCACUGACAAACUACGCAGGAUCCAGAGCAGUUAUGCAGCUCAGCAGAGGAUCAAUCAAGACCUGGAGGACAAGGUGCACAGGACAUCCCAGCACCAUGAGGAUGAGAAAAGAGCGCUGAGCCGGGAGAUCAUCACCCUCAACAAUCACCUCCUGGAGGCCAAGAUCACCAUUGAAAAGCUCAGGGGAGACAACGACCUUUACAGGAAGGACUGUAACCUGGCAGCGCAGCUCCUCCAGUGCUCCAAGUCACACCACAGAGCCCACAAGCUAUCCGAGCUGCCCAUUGACUUCCAGGAGCGGGUGAGCUCCCACAUAGAGAAGCACGGAUGCGACGUCACAAUGGCACUGUGCCACUCAUCCUACUCCGAUGCUGUGCCCACCGCCGUCAUCGCCAAGGUGCUAGAGAAGCCCGAGCCGGGCAGCAGCUGCCCAGUCACCCACUCAACCAGCCCCCAGCCAUUGGUGGACGAGGGCCAUGACCAUGACUUCGUGACCAAUAGCGUGGGCGGUGAAAUCUUUCAGCGCCGUACCUCCUUCCGGACUGCCGACCUGUACUGUAGCGACACGGCCCUCUACUGCCCCGGGCGCUGGCAGGAGCGCAGGCAGAGCGUAGAGGUCCACGGCCUCCCCAAGGAUCUCUUCCUCCAGGCCCAGAACUCCAACCCUCAGGAGGUGGCCUUCCAUUCAGGUAACUUCUCCCAACACAGGGCCCCCUCCUUCCACGGAGAGUUUACUGUGGGCUCCUUGCCGCUCUCUAGCUCCUACUCCAGCUUCAGUCAGGCUUCCGAGGAGGAGAAGGGAGGGGAAGGCUGCGGCGGCGGCACCAGCAGCGCCAUGUCCUCCUCCCACCAGGCGCUCUACAUGGACUGGCGGGAUGGGGGGUACGUUGAACACAAGAGCACCUCUUCUUAUGAGAAGGACAGCCCUCCCAGCCUCAGCCUCUUCCCCAAGUCCCACAGCUUCCAGCACAUGGCGAUGCUGCCUUCCCCCAACCCGGCGAAAGGCGGUGGCGGCUCUUCGCCAGCGUACGUGCACACGCCGUCCUGCAGCUACAGUGAGCCAUACCACUCGCCCCACCUAGCAUCGUUGCACAGCCAGGGCUCGGCCCAGGGUGGAGGAGGACCCCGGGCGGUGGAGCGCUCGGACAGCCAGGCCAGCAUAGGUGUCCCCACCGAAGAAGAACUGUCUGGAAGCUGGAGGCAGCUGAGUGUAGAGGACAUCAACUCGUACUCCUACAACUGCAAUCCGGGCAUGUCUCCCUACAGCUUUUCUGAGCAGCACUUCACCUUCCAGGAGGGGGACGCGAACGUCUCUCUCCACAGCCAUGUGCUGGACCAGUGCUUGGCCGCUGCCGUCGGUGGUGGCGGACUCUCACCCAGUCCCAAACACCCCAGCAUGGGCCUGCGGGGCAGGCACCAUCCCCUUUACAGAGCCAAGGAGGACAGCCAGGACUCAGAGUGCAGCCAGUUCCUCUCAGGAAGCUUGAAGGACAAGGAGAGCGGGACAGCUGGAGCGGCACGGGGGACCAUGAACAAGGAACAUGUGGAUGCGAGCCCCAACAGCUUUGCCGAGUCCUUAGACCACCAAAGCUCCCUGGAAGCCCCCGGUCUGCAGCAGCAACACUACCAGAGGGAGAGAGUGAGGCCCAGCCUAAGCCUAGCUGUUCCCAGGAAGAGUUCUCAGCACCACCAAAAAUUUGGAAGCACAGGAACAGGACUUAACAGGAAGGACAGUCUUACCAAGGCCCAGCUGUACGGCACCCUCCUGAACUGAACAGCUCGGUAACACCUUAGACUUGACAGGUAUAAUGCAUUAUGAUGCGGUUAUAAUUCAUUGUAAGACUUGUCAUAAGCACGUAUGACCCCUUAUAAAAAGUCUUAAUAUUAUCUCAAUGGCCAAAUAACAGCAAUUGUGAGCAAGUUGAAAAUAUACUUCAUAAAAAGCCAUAACAUAUUGUAACCCUUGUAAUAAGAAAUAAAAAAAGUUCAUGAGUGCUUAUGACAAGUAAUAAAAAAAUAAAAAAAAUUAUGCCGGUUAGCUUGAAGUAGUACUUCCUUUUAUGCGUGACGAUUAUGUACAUCAUGUUUCCUGUGGCAAACACACAGUUGGUGUGGAUUUGAGAUGUUUUUGUAAUCCGGUGAAGGCAAGCUUCAAGCUGUCAGAUGCUACACAGCUGUGUUUUUUUUGGGGGCUGUUUAUGUCAUGAUACGGUGUAGUUAUCAGAGAGACCAGACACCAGAUUUCCUACAGUAUUUCAUCCCUUAUUCUCUGAGACAGCCAUUCAGCAAGCUCAAAGCUAUUUCGGAGAAGGCUCACAAGACAAAUUAUCGCUUAACAAUUAUGACAGUAUUGAGGCAGUAACUAUUGUACUAAAUACAUAAGCUAUUAGCAUUUGAAGUAUGUCAGUAACACAACAUAAUUUAGUACAAGCAUAAUGUCUACCAUUCAUUUUGGCAGACAGACAGUCCUAUGCUGUGAGAGCUGAGCGCUCCAAGUUCCCAUCAAACCCCUGCUAUUGAGAAUUUCAUUACAAUGGCAUAAAACCAACUAAAGGCUACAUAAACUCCUCAGCAAAAAAGAAAAAAAAGAAACAUCCUUUCACUGUCAACUGCGUUUAUUUUCAGCAAACUUAACAUGUAUAAAUAUAACACGAU